AUGGCGCCUGGUGUUCUCUCCAACCUCGAUUGUGAACGCGAGUUGGGUGUUAGCAAAUAUAGCCAAAAGGGUUGGCAAUCGACGGAUGCAAAGAGUCUGACCGCCGUGGAAGAUUUGGUGUUGAAAACAUUCAGAGUACUCAUUGCAGACUUGUGCCAACAAUUCAAUGGCGGCCACCCCGGCGGUGCCAUGGGUAUGGCAGCCAUCGGGGUCGCCCUGUGGAAAUAUGUGAUGAAGUACGCGCCCCGUACGCCGGACUGGAUCAAUCGAGACCGGUUUGUGCUGUCAAAUGGCCACACGUGUCUGUUCCAGUACACCUUCCUGCACCUCACGGGCUACAAAGAUAUGACCUUUGAGCAACUGAAAUCCUAUCAUUCUGAUCGGGUGGAUGCGCUAUGCCCAGGCCACCCCGAAAUUGAGCACGAAGGUAUUGAAGUUACGACAGGUCCACUGGGUCAAGGUAUUGCCAACGCUGUAGGACUUGCUGUUGCUUCGAAAAGCCUUGCGGCAAAAUUCAACCAACCAGAAUUUGACGUUGUAUCAGACCAUAUCUGGUGCAUGGUUGGAGAUGCAUGUCUUCAGGAAGGAGUCGGGCUGGAAGCCAUCUCCUUUGCAGGACACAUGCGCCUUAACAAUAUAACUGUCAUCUAUGACAACAAUCAGAUCACCUGCGAUGGUCCAGUGAGUCUGACAAAUACUGAAGAUAUCAACUCCAAGAUGAGAGCUUGCGGUUGGAAUGUGAUCGAAAUCAACGAUGGGUGUUGGGACGUCCAUGGCCUCGUUGAAGCUCUUGAGGCCUCUAAACAUUCGGCUCUGCCCACCUUCAUCAACGUUCAUACAGUCAUUGGAGUCGACACAUCCGUGGCAGGCAAUGCUGUCGCACAUGGCGCGGCCAUUGGCACAGAUGCAGUAGCAUCAUUGAAAGAACUAUACGGGUUUGAUCCGACCCAAAGCUUUGUCAUUCCGGAGACAGUGCGGGACUUUUUCAAGGAGCUUCCACAACGGGGCGAGGCCAUGGUAUGCGAAUGGAGAGCACUCUUUGACAGAUACAGCAAUGCCCAUCCUACGCUAGCAGAGGACUAUGUGAGGCGCCAAAGCGGAGAUUUGCCUUCGGACUGGGAAUCAUUGAUCCCUACAGCCUUUCCUUCAAAGGCCACUGCAACUCGGGCGUCCUCAGGAUUAGUCUUUGGUCCUCUGGCAGAACGCUUUGAUCAGUUCAUGGUUGGCACCGCUGACCUUGAGCCAUCUGUAUAUAUGAACUGGAAGGCCAAAGAGAACUUCGAGCCUCCUCACUGUGGUACUGGAAGCUACUUGGGGCGGUUCAUCCACUACGGGGUCCGCGAACAUGUCAUGGCUGCCGUCUCCAAUGGGUUGGCAGCUUACCAUCCUGGAAUGUUCAUUCCAGUAACUUCCUCAUUUUUCAUGUUCUAUCUGUACGCCGCUCCCGCCGUCCGUAUGGGUGCCUUACAACACCUGCGGGUCAUCCAUGCAGCCACGCACGACUCAAUUGGCAUGGGUGAGGAUGGUCCAACGCACCAGCCGAUUGAACUUGCCGCUCUCUACCGGACGAUGCCGAACUUCCUCUACAUUCGACCGGGCGACAGCGAGGAAACCGCAGGGGCCUGGAUGGCUGCAAUCAAAGCCAGACACAUGUCUUCGCUCAUCUCCACAUCUCGCCAUGCUCUCCCACAGCUGACCGGACUGACGAAAAGAAUGGGUGUCGCAAGAGGAGCCUACGUUCUCGAAGAAGCGGAACAAGCAGAUCUUACCUUGAUCGGCGUCGGUGCCGAACUCAACCUGGCGAUGAAGGUAGCUACAGAGCUACGGAAUCAUCACGGGCUCAGAGUACGGACAGUAUCUUUUCCUUGCCAACGAUUGUUCGAGCAACAAUCACAUCAAUAUCGGCGAGAUGUCCUCCAGAAGCAUACUGGGGUUCCCGUUGUGGUGGUCGAGGCAUAUGCUGCAAAUGGAUGGGAGAGAUAUGCAAAUGCCGCCGUCUGCAUGCCCACCACUCGCUUCGGAAAGUCAUUGCCGGGUCCAAAGGCGUACGAAUUCUUUGGCUUUAAUGUGGACUCCAUGGUCAUUAGGAUCCUAGGAUUUAUAAAGUCCUUUCAUGCCGACCCAGAAAGGAGAUACGAAUUUGUUGAACUUACUAGUGUGGGAGAUGAAUGA